AUGUCGGAAGGCGAUGUUAAACCCAGUAACCCCGUGGUGGCAGAAGCACACCUGGUGGAUACUUUCCGCCUCGAGGAAUACCAGUCACUAUACAAGGAGUCAAUCACCGAACCCGACAAGUUCUGGGGUAGAUUAGGUCGCGAAUUGCUCACGUGGCAGCGAGAUUUCCAGACUGUCCAUGCAGGCAGUUUUGCAAACGGCGAUAACUCGUGGUACUUGGAGGGGCAACUAAACGCCUCAUACAACUGCGUGGACCGUCACGCGAUCAAGAACCCCGACAAACCAGCCAUCAUCUACGAAGCGGAUGAGGCCUCUGAUGGCCGCACUCUCACAUAUGGCGAGCUCCUCAGAGAAGUCUGCAGGACGGCUUAUGUGCUGAAGCAGAUGGGUGUUAAGAAGGGAGAUACAGUUGCUAUCUACCUACCCAUGAUUCCAGAGGCGCUUAUUGCCUUCCUUGCCUGUUCGCGUAUUGGAGCUGUGCACUCAGUCGUCUUUGCUGGAUUUUCAGCCGAUUCUCUGCGCGAUCGUGUCAUUGAUGCUCAAUCAAAGGUUGUCAUUACCACUGAUGAGGGCAAGCGAGGUGGAAAAUUAAUCGGCACGAAGAAGAUUGUGGAUGAUGCUCUUAAACAAUGCCCAGACGUCACACAUUGUCUCGUCUACAAGCGAACCGGUGCAGAGGUUCCAUGGACCGAGGGCCGCGAUUGGUGGUGGCAUGAGGAGGUCGAGAAAUGGCCUUCCUAUAUUGCUCCCGAGCCAAUGAACUCGGAGGAUCCACUUUUCCUGCUCUACACAUCUGGUUCGACGGGUAAGCCAAAGGGUGUAAUGCACUCUACAGCUGGAUACCUGGUCGGUGCAGCUGCGACUGGAAAAUAUGUGUUUGAUAUCCAUGACUCUGACAAGUUUUUCUGUGGUGGAGAUGUGGGAUGGAUUACGGGACACACAUAUGUAGUCUACGCUCCUCUGCUUCUGGGUGUUGCGACUGUUGUCUUUGAGGGUACUCCCGCGUAUCCCAACUUCUCAAGAUACUGGGAUGUGAUCGCGAAGCACGAAGUCACUCAAUUCUACGUUGCUCCGACCGCGCUGAGAUUACUCAAGCGCGCUGGUGACCAUCAUGUCAAGGCACAAAUGAAACAUCUCCGUGUGUUGGGUUCCGUGGGUGAGCCAAUUGCAGCUGAAGUUUGGAAGUGGUAUUUCGAAAUUGUUGGAAAGGAGGAAGCACACGUGAUUGAUACAUACUGGCAGACCGAGACUGGCUGUAACGUCAUCACUCCUCUAGCUGGUAUCACUCCCACCAAACCUGGAUCCGCAUCUCUUCCUUUCUUUGGGAUUGAGCCCGCGAUCAUUGACCCGGUCUCUGGCGAGGAGAUCCAUGGAAAUGAUGUGGAGGGUGUUUUGGCCUUCAAGCAGCCAUGGCCGAGUAUGGCUCGUACCGUCUGGGGUGCUCACAAGCGUUAUAUGGAUACAUACCUGAAUGUUUACAAGGGUCUCUACUUCACGGGUGAUGGAGCUGGUCGUGACCACGAGGGAUACUACUGGAUCCGAGGCCGAGUCGACGACGUGGUCAACGUCUCCGGCCAUCGUCUCUCGACGGCCGAAAUCGAAGCAGCCCUAAUUGAGCACCACGCCGUCGCAGAAGCAGCCGUUGUCGGUAUCAACGACGAGCUGACUGGCCAAGCCGUCAACGCCUUUGUCGCUAUCAAGGAAGGAAACGAGGUCACAGACCAACUCCGCAAAGACCUUAUUCUUCAAGUAAGAAAGAGUAUUGGUCCCUUUGCAGCACCCAAGGCUAUCUUCGUUGUGCCGGAUCUGCCAAAGACCCGAAGCGGGAAGAUUAUGCGUCGGAUCUUGCGGAAGAUUCUGGCAGGUGAGGAGGACCAGCUUGGUGAUAUUUCAACUUUUGAGGCUAUGCGUGUACAUGCUGACAAUGACAAACAGCUCUCGGAUCCCAGCGUGGUAGACAAGAUCAUCGAGACUGUUCAAGCAUCGCGGAAGAAGUAG